UUUAGAUCUUCGAUCUUCGAUUCGCGAUAAUCCGACGAUUCUUUUUAUCUUUUCUUUUUUUUUUUCUCCCCUCUUAAUUCCAGAUACUUUCUGGUUGCGGUACGCUCGAUGGCACAGAAAUAUUCGAAUGUAUGUCGGCGACCUUACAUAUAUCCGAAAAGGGAAUGACACCGACAUUUUUCGCACCAGACGUCGACAUUUGCGAGGUGAUCGAUCAUUAUACAAAAGAACCCGAUAAUAGUUGUAGCCAAAGGAACGCAUUAGUCGAAUCUGCCAGAUUGGCACGUAGCUGUAUACAACCAUUAUGCGAAUGCGAAGCAUGUAAUUUUGGUGGAUUAAUUCUUCCUGGAGGAUUUGGUGUUGUUAGAACCUUGAGCAACUUCGCUACCAAAGGUUGCGAUUGUACGGUUAUACCGGACUUAGAGAAACUCAUUCAAGAUUUCUCUUGUGGAAAAAAGCCAAUAGGUGCUAUAUGCAUUUCUGGCGUACUCGUUGCACGAGUUUUACAAGGUGUUAAAAUUACAUUAGGCAAAGACUGCUCACCGGAUGACUGGCCGUACGCGGAAGCGAUUCGUAUAGUCAGACAGAUGGGCGCGAAGGUGGAAAUGAAGGACGUGAAAGGUGUAACGAAAUGUAAAAAAUACAAUGUUUUCAGUACGCCUGCUUGGAUGUACAAACCUGCUACGUACUGCGAUAUACAUGCUGGCAUCGGGAAACUCAUCACGAUGUUAAAAAAGAGCAUUCGUCAGUGAAAAAGUCUUCGAGUAAUGGAAAAUUUUCCUCUUUUGAGUCGAUUGUAUUAUCUUUUUUUUUCCUCUCUUUUUUUUUUUUUCUUUUUUAUUUCUCUUUUUAUUUCCUUUUUUUUUUCUGUCCCUUUUUUUUCCAAUCACGUAUCCCCUAUAUGAGUAUGUACAUUGAACGUAAUAAAAAAAUGAUAUUAUCGCUCGAGUGACAUUUUCUUUUCAUUUUUCUUUUUUUUU